AGAAAAUAUAAUAAUGAUUAGUAUCAAGGUUGUCUUACUUAUCGCACUGGUUGCCUCUCAAACAAUGGCAGGUAACCGCAAGUGCAGAGCCCUCGUUAUGUCUGGAGGUGGCGACAAAGGAUCCUACGAAGCCCAGGCAGUCAAAGUCUGGACCGAUUUACUCAGUAAAGAGGAUAUGUCUUACGAUGUAAUUACCGGAGUAUCAGCUGGAUCUCUCAAUGGUUCCUUCUUGGGAUCUUACAAGCCAGGAGAUGAGAGUGAAGGAGCUGACAAAAUGCUUGAAACAUGGCAAGCUCUUAAGCCUAAGGAUGCUUUCAAGAUGUGGCCAGGAGGUGUAUUGGAAGGAAUCUUUCAAAAGCAAGGAAUCUUCGACGAAUCUCCACUUAGAGAUUUCCUUAAAAAAGUUUUAGGAGAAAGAUCAGUUCAGAAGAAGAUGGGACUCGGAUCAGUCGAUAUGAACACAGGAGAAUUCCUUUCUUAUGAUUAUGAAGACACCGAGUACACUGAAGAUUACUGGGACUCUGUCAUUGCAUCCACAGCCAUGCCAUUAGCCUUUGAACCAGUUAAAACUAGAGAUGGAAGGACCCUUCUUGAUGGAGGAGUUGUCUGGAAAAUGGAUGUACCUGGAGCCAUCAGAAGGUGCUUAGAAAUUGUAGAUGAUGAGGAAGACAUCAUCCUCGAUGCUAUCAUGACUGCUCAGACUUUCCUACCUGAAGUUGAUGAUGUUAGCGACUUUACCACUCUCGGUCAUUUGAGAAGAGGACUUGAGAUCAAAUCUUACCAUAAAAAUAUGAAAAUUGUGAACAAUACUUUGAUUGCCCAUCCAAAGGUGAACUUUAGAUACAUCCUUGCUCCUUCGGUAACCUUGACAAUUAGCCCAAUUCCUUUGGAUUUGUCUCAGAAACAUCUGGAAUUCUGCUAUGGAGUUGCUAAAAAAGAUGCUACUGCUGCUGUCAGAUUAGGUCCGGGAGGCUAUAUGAACAUGCUUUUGGAGCAUACCGAGAAACUUCAAAAUGGAGAGGACUCCAGACUUGACCAAAUGCUAGAGACUAAACUGCAACUGUUAGAAGCACAAGAAGCACAAAAAGCAGAGACCACUGCUGAAGAAGUUCUUAAAUCUGAAUAACUUGAUAUAAAUCACCUUGCCCU